UUUGCGCGCUUUUUCUCAUCAGUUCGCUUCGCGCGGCCACACGCUUUCGGCUACUAGAUUAGACGCCCUUUUGUAUCUCGCGAAUAGAGUGCCUUGAUACCGCGUCGAUUUGUUUUGCUCAAACAAUCCCGUCGGCAGUCGCAGGCCGAUUUUCGAACACUGAUGUUUGUCGCAAGAUGUCCAUUAUCUCUGUCUGCACAUUUGUAAUUUUAUUCGGAAGGCUCAGUGCACUGCAAACAAAUCAUAACAGUGUAAACGACGUGAAAAAGGCAUCCCAUAGCUCGACCUCGGAAGAAUACCAACGGUCUUCAUUGUUGAAGUCCAAUCAUAUAUACAGAGGCGAUGAUUAUGAUGAUUAUAGCGGCGGGGUCGGCGAGCCGCGCACGCCAAUGCAGUUUUGGUAUCCCGCCCCGCCAUACACCGAUGCGCAAACGCCGAUCAAAGUCUACAAGCCCAGAGAAGACCCCCGCCUCUACUAUCAAUCUGAUCAGUAUCUUAAAGAAGUUCUGGGCAAAAACAUAAAACCUGAAGUGAUGAAUAUUUAUCCCGGAAGAGAAGUUGUCAGAAUGGGUGAACCUCAUGUAAUACGCCCAGUGCCAGUUAGACGCUUGAGGAGCAGGCAUGACAACCGAAUAGAUGAUACAGAAUAUAAGUUUUGCAUAAAAUGUCCUCGAGAUAGAACAGUGGUUGCUAAAGCGGGUUUCGACCGUGUCAUACUUCAGGCACCACGCUUGUUGUCAUGUUCAGGUCGAAGGGCACCUAAAAAUAUACGUUUCCAGCAUUACUUCGGUCCUAAGUUUGGUACAUUACUCGAGGAAGGCUCAUAUUCCGUAGUAGGACGAAUAGUAAACAGAAAUGAGAAACUACAAAUGUGCAAAUUUAAAGUCCGCGUGGUCGUACAAACAUGCAAGACUCCGGAAUCGUUAAUCACACAUUGCAAUGGACUCAAUCAACCCUGCAACUUCAGAUGCCGAGACGAUAAAAUGGAAUUAAUUGGUGCAACGUCACUAAUAUGCGGCGAUGACUUACAGUGGGAUGAUGCACUUCCUACAUGCAGAGUUCGUAAUUGGUGUAUAACUCCGGCACCACCCGAACAUGGUCGUAUUAGCUGCAUAGGGCACCAGGCAGGGAAAUCGCACGAGGGUUUAGCUGAGGGAUCGAGAUGCCGUGUGCGCUGCGAUCGCGGUUGGCAGUCGAAGCUACGAAUCGUGGCCUUCUGUCGUCGAGGAAAUUGGACUCGAGCUCUCGAGUGCGAUUCAAAUAAUAGCACGCAAAGAUAAAUAAUAAUGCAAUGGGGUUUCAUCAAUUGUAUUACCGAUGUUCGAUUUAAUUGUAAUUAAACAUCGGUAUUAUCGCAAAGUGCAAAGAUUCAGGACAAGGUUGUCACUGUUACGAAGAAGUACUAGUUUGGAAACGAAUAAGGAAAUAAAAGAAUAUUUUUGUCUCAGUAUGGAUAUAAUACUAACCCAUACGUUGAGGUUUUUGUCAAUUUGUGUAUAUUCUCUAGCGCUAUUUAACAACAAUGUUCAAUAACACAAAAAAAAUCUGUAACUAGAUGGCGCACUUAAACUACAUGAUUUUUGUGUAAGAAUUCGCGUGUUUUCUACAGCACAAUAAGACGGAAAAAUUAUAAAAGAAAACAGCACAUAAAUACAAAAUUAUACAAUCUGUUUCCUUGAAAAUGGUUAAAAAUUAUAGAAGUAUCAAUCGCUUUAUUAAUACUUAAAUCUGAGCGCAUAUAAGAAUAAAUAUUUACUUACUUUAGACGAACUGACACGAUAUGAUAAGAUAUUGAUUGUUGUAAUACGUUUAAUAGAUGCAAUACAUUAAGCAUAUUUUGUAAAUAUUUUGUGAAAAUAAUUAAAUUGCAUGCUAUUGCUACUAAACUGUUAGUCCGAAGCAAACCUAAUAAAAAUGUUUUAUAUAAUUAUAAAAAAAUGUCCUAAUGGU